CAAUACAUAUUGGUGAGGAAUACCUAAGAGAGAUGAAAGCAGGAAGCGAGCUGAGUGGCCGCGCAAUGGUUCUACCCAUGAGGGUUCAAUUUCCGGCUUAGCCUAGUCCCUAAGAAGGGCCCUGCAAAUUGCAAUACACAGCCCUGUUGCAUAGGCAGCAUGGUACUCGCUCACUACGAUCCUAGCGCCUUUCUAUCUCACAUGUAUGGUCCAUGGAACAUGCUGAAUCUAUAUGUCUUGUGUAUCUGGUAUCUCGAUGUACGGUCUCUUGUUUUAAAGAACCGGGAGAUACAUGCGCGAGCACGCAAGUCGAGACGUACUAGUACCUUUCACUUUCGUGUCUCGAGUUGAGGCAUCUUUACAAUGUCGACUUCCCACACCGCAGAGACAAUUGUUUCCAGUUCCAACUACAUUGCCGUCAGGAAAGACACAUCCGAUUACAAUGUUGUCAUUUUCGGAGAAGCUGGAGCUGGUAAAAGCUCCUUGGUCAAUUUGAUCGCUGGGACGGAUACGGCGCAGACUUCCCGUGAUGCUAGAGGAUGUACAACUGAAACCAACGCGUACGACAUUUUGAUUCGGAACGAGACGUUGAAGGUAAAGCUAUUCGAUACAGCCGGUCUUGAUGAGGGCUCUGGAGGUGCAGUCCCCGAUAAGAAAGCUCGACAAGUUUUGAAGAAGCUCCUUCGAACUUUGAUGAAGCAAGGUGGCAUUCAUCUCAUCAUGUACUGUGUACGGGGUGAGAGAGUGACUUGGGCACUCUCCCGUAACUACACGUUAAUCCGCUCUCAAGUUAAGAAGAAAGUUCCGAUUGUCCUUGUCGUCACAGGUUUGGAAAACUAUGAACCAGACAUGGAAAAAUGGUGGAGGGAUAACGAGCGAAGCAUCUCGAACCUUGGGAUGACCUUUGCUGGCCAUGCAUGUGUCACCACGGCGACAAUCCAGGAGAAUGCAGGAUCUGAGCUCAUGGAGCGCCGCAACCAGUCAUACCACGUUGUCUGCAACCUCAUCAAGCAGACGAUUACAAGGACCAAGCAUAAAAAUAUCAUAGUCUUUGGGGAGACGGGGACAGGGAAGAGCUCACUCGUCAACCUCAUGGCGGGUCAGGACAUAGCAGUCACAUCUCCUGAUGCGCAACGCUGCACGACGCACUGGCAAGACUAUACCAUCGAAUUUGAUGGCGAGUCUUAUAAUGUAUUCGAUACCGCUGGACUCGAGGAACCACAGCUGGGACUCGCACAGUACCUUGAAACUGUCUUGGAUGCCUAUAAGCUCGUCCAAAGUUUGGAGCGACAGGGCGGCAUCGAUCUGGUUCUGUUCUGUAUGCGCGCAGGCAGAGUCACUGCUACGCUUCAGAGCAAUUACCGGCUCUUUCAUGAAUUCCUCUGUGAAAAGAAGGUUCCCAUCGUUAUAGUGGUCACGCACCUUGAAGAUGAAGACAGUGGAAUGGAUGACUGGUGGAAGCGAAACGAGAGAGCCUUCCUUGAAGAGAAGAUCCAUUUUCCUGGUCAUGCGUGCAUCACCACCGCUGAUGGGGGUGGCAGUUACCCACGCCUGUAUAAAGAAUCGCGCGACACGAUCCACGACGUAAUCAAGAAGUUUACUGCCAACGGACUGAAGAAAUCAUGGAUAGGAGGAAACAACCUGUUCGUGUCGUUGAUGCGUAAGCUGAAGGAGCUACUUGUGGGGAAUUUACGUCCGAGGAAGGAUAUCGUCCCUCGCCUCACCAAGAAUUGCGGUAUGUCUCGAGAAGUCGCAGAACAGUUAGCUGAUAUGAUCAAGAGGGACGCGGUAGAAGUAGCUACUAGUACUUGACUUCCUGUGUUCGAUCAUGUGCAUUUUAUUGUCGGUGAAGUGGAUUUCAUUGAGUACCAUACUUCUUAUAUUUAUACAAAUCCAAUGUGCCCGUGUGUGGUGCUCAGCGUGGUUCUGAGCUUGUCUCAAACCGCUCCUAGCUCUAUGCCGGCGUGUUCCUGGCUCCCAGCCUCCCACACAAGCCC